AUGCUAAGUUGGGUACGCGAUAACCUCAAAGACCUAAAACCGGAGAACUUUUACAAAAAAUUUGGCUACUCUCACACCUCACGGAAACAAGCUGAAGAAAAGCUACGAGAAUUACUUACAGCUAUCAAGAAUGAGAACAAUAUUAUCAAUCGGAAAAAGGCGAGUUGCUUGUUAGAUAGUUUUGAGUCGUGGACGAUUUCAAUUGACUGUGAGAGGUACUGGUGGGAUGUGGAGGUCUCGCUUGGCAGGUCAUCACACGAAGUGAUGGGACGAAUUUCAGCUUAUAAUACAAUUAAAAACUUCACUAGGAAAAUUAACGACGAGGAAAAAGAUCUAAAUGAAUUUCAACCGCCAUCGAAAAGGGCAAAAAAUGAACCACGAACGCCAGAGAAUAAAAUAAUCACAGAUCCUAUGAAUAAUCCGUUUUUUGAAAGGUCAAAUGAUAGCGAUGGAAGCUGGCUGGGCCCAGGAAAGAUAAAUAUAAAAGAAUCUGAAAUUCAAAAUAAGUGGGUAUUAGAUGGGAUCAAUAUCUCGGAUAUCUUCUUCCAAUUUCGUCAGUUAUCAAUCAAAAAGACAUUAGAUGGGAGCAUUGAAGGGACGAGUGAGAUAUUAGCUCUUAACCAUAUUUUUUUAAUACAAGACUCAGAGAACAAUGGUCAAAUUAUUGACAAACAACUUUGGGACAAAGCUAUUCAGCAAAUCUAUCAAAAAUAUCCACCACCUGAUCCGCCAAAAGAUUGGCUGUCUAAAUGCUACGAAAUGUCAAAAAUGGCUCGAAAAGACUUUAAGAAUAGCAAGUCGUUGUUAAAGCAUUGGUAUAAAUCAAGCAACGAGGAAUCUAAUGACAUAAUUUUUGAUGUGUUCUAUAAUAUACUCGGUGUAUACACAUCCUCGGGAUCAAUGAAGCAUCUCCAUGAAGAUUCAUUUGCCCACAAAGCACUAUCGCCUGUCAUAUCCCCUUUUUUAGGGAUUCGCUUGAAAUUUCUUCAGUUUG